CAUGAACUUGAUUGACAUCCUUUGGAAGCAAGAUAUAGACCUUGGGGUAAGGCGUGAAGUUUUUGAUUUUAGUCAACGACAGAAGGAGUAUGAACUUGAGAAACAGAAGAAACUUGAAAAGGAAAGACAAGAGCAGCUCCAGAAAGAGCAGGAGAAAGCCCUACUGGCUCAGCUGGAGUUAGACGAAGAGACAGGUGAAUUUGUUCCAGUUCAGCCAGCUCAGCGUGGUCAGUCAGAAAAUACUGAGCCACCAAUCAAUUUUUCAGAGAGUACACAGACUUCAAAACCAGAAGCAGAGGCCCUGUCCUUUGAUGACUGCAUGCAGCUCUUGGCAGAAGCAUUCCCGUUUAUAGAUGACAAUGAGGCUUCUGCAGCUGCAUUUCAGUCACUGGUUCCUGCACAGAUUGAUAGAAACCCAGUCUUAAUUUCCUCUGAUGAAACUCAGCCACCAGAAUCACCUGUUCUUGUUCCACUUACUGAUGCAGAGAAUAUGCAGAACAUAGAGGAAGUUUGGGAAGAAUUAUUGUCCCUUCCAGAGUUACAGUGUCUUAACAUUGAAAAUGACAACCUGGCUGAGGUAAGCACAAUGACAAGCCCUGAAACCAAGCCACCAGAGAUGCACAACAGCUAUAAUUACUACAGCUCAUUACCCAUCAUGAGAAAGGAUGUUAACUGCAGUCCAGAUUUCCUGGAUACUGUUGAGGGCCCCUUUUCCAGCAUUUUGCCACCAGAAGACACCAGCCAGCUCAGUGUGAACUCUUUAAAUGAUAUGUCCCCUUCAAACUCUGAUUUCUGUGAGGAUUUCUACAGCACCUUUAUUCAUGCCAAGGCGAAUGGUGACACAGCAACGACAAACAGUAUCAAUCAAUCACUUGCGGAAAUUCUAAGUGAACCUAUUGAUCUUUCUGAUUUCUCACUGUGUAAAGCUUUUAAUGGCAGCCACUCAGGAACUGUACCAGAAUGUAAUGAUUCUGACUCUGGUAUUUCAUUGAAUGCCAGUUCUAGUGUAGCAUCACCUGAACACUCUGUUGAAUCAUCUGCCUAUGGAGAUAAGACUUUUGGUUGUAGUGAUUCGGAAAUGGAAGACACGGAUAGUAUCCCUGGAAGUGUGCCACAGAGCAAUGCUAGUAUGUACUCAUUGCAGUUCCAGGAUCAAGUGUUUUCUUCCACAGGGCCAAGUGCUCUAACACCAAGUUUGCAAUGUACAAACACACCAAAGAAAGAACCCCCUGCCCAUCCAGGCCACCCCAAAGCUCCAUUCACAAAAGAUAAACCUUCAAGCCGCCUUGAAGCUCAUCUCACAAGAGAUGAGCAAAGAGCAAAAGCUCUGCAGAUCCCUUUUCCUGUUGAAAAAAUCAUCAAUCUCCCCGUUGAUGACUUCAAUGAAAUGAUGUCUAAGGAGCAGUUCAAUGAAGCUCAGCUUGCGCUUAUUCGAGAUAUACGCAGGAGAGGCAAGAACAAAGUAGCUGCUCAAAAUUGCCGUAAAAGAAAACUGGAAAAUAUAGUGGAACUGAAGCAAGACUUGAGUAACCUUAAAGAUGAGAGAGAGAAAUUGCUAAAGGAAAAAGGAGAGCAUGACAAAAGCCUUCGUCAAAUGAAAAAGCAACUAACCACCUUAUACCUUGAUGUCUUCAGCAUGCUGCGUGAUGAGGAUGGAAAGUCUUACUCUCCUAGUGAAUAUUCACUGCAGCAAACUAGAGAUGGCAAUGUUUUUCUUGUUCCUAAAAGCAAGAAGUCAGAGACUAAGCUUUGAAGGGCAGCACAGCUGCCUGCCGUUCUCCGAGUUAUUUUUUUAUCAUUAUCCUGAUAGUUUUACUGUGAGGUGGAAUGCAGAAUGAGGUAAUAUUUUUCAAAUAAUUCUAUGCAAUGAUAAUUUUGAAGUUAAUAAUUAGCUUAUGGAAGAUGCAAGUUUAAAACUAAUAGUGUAACUAACAUAUGCAAAAUUUGUAAUCUCACUUUUAUAACAGACGUUUUCUUCCUACAGCACUACUCUGACUAGUUUUCGUAUACAUGUAAAUAUUUAAAUAUACCAUAUUUAUAUACUGUUCCUAUCUCUUGUUAUAUUCAUAGAUUGGAUAUAUAUAUAUAAAUGAUUUUAGCCUUCUAAAUAUAAUUUCUUGCAAGACAGAGUAUGGCUUCUGAUACUUUUUUAUAAAUAUGAAAGUGUUUUUCCCAUUUUUCUUACAUGUUUAUACUUGCCUUGUAUUUAAUAUAUAAUUUUAAUUUAGUAUAAAAGUUGAUAGUGUUUGAUUUUGAUUUAUCAGUUCAUUAAACUUUUU